AUGUCAAAAUAUUUGUUUCACAUAUAUUGGGUGUGGCAGGUGAUUGGUGACGGUACAUCCCAGGGUGUGGGGCAGGUAUCUGGAAGAGGCUACACCCUAAGUGUGGUGCAGGGGUCUGGAAGAGGCUACACCCUAAGUGUGGUGCAGGUGUCUGGAAGAGGCUACACCCUAAGUGUGGGGCAAGGGUCUGGAAGUGGCUACACCCUAAGUGUGGUGCAGGUGUCUAGAAGAGGCUACACCCUAAGUGUGGUGCAGGUGUCUAGAAGAGGCUACACCCUAAGUGUGGUGCAGGUGUCUGGAAGAGGCUACACCCUAAGUGUGGUGCAGGUGUCUAGAAGAGGCUACACCCUAAGUGUGGUGCAGGUGUCUGGAAGAGGCUACACCCUAAGUGUGGUGCAGGUGUCUGGAAGAGGCUACUCCCUAAGUGUGGGGCAGGGGUCUGGAAGAGGCUACACCCUAAGUGUGGUGCAGGUGUCUGGAAGAGGCUACACCCUAAGUGUGGGGCAAGGGUCUGGAAGUGGCUACACCCUAAGUGUGGUGCAGGUGUCUGGAAGAGGCUACACCCUAAGUGUGGUGCAGGUGUCUGGAAGAGGCUACACCCUAAGUGUGGGGCAGGGGUCUGGAAGAGGCUACACCCUAAGUGUGGUGCAGGUGUCUGGAAGAGGCUACACCCUAAGUGUGGUGCAGGUGUCUGGAAGAGGCUACACCCUAAGUGUGGUGCAGGUGUCUAAAAGAGGCUACACCCUAAGUGUGGUGCAGGUGUCUGGAAGAGGCUACUCCCUAAGUGUGGGGCAGGGGUCUGGAAGAGGCUACACCCUAAGUGUGGUGCAGGUGUCUGGAAGAGGCUACUCCCUAAGUGUGGGGCAGGGGUCUGGAAGAGGCUACACCCUAAGUGUGGGGCAGGGGUCUGGAAGAGGCUACACCCUAAGUGUGGGGCAGGUGUCUGGAAGAGGCUACACCCUAAGUGUGGGGCAGGUGUCUGGAAGAGGCUACUCCCUAAGUGUGGGGCAGGGGUCUGGAAGAGGCUACACCCUAAGUGUGGGGCAGGGGUCUGGAAGAGGCUACACCCUAAGUGUGGGGCAGGUGUCUGGAAGAGGCUACACCCUAAGUGUGGGGCAGGUGUCUGGAAGAGGCUACUCCUAA